CAAACAGCUUGUUGAUUCGUGUGGUUAGCGUUUCUCGGGACCGAUAAUGUCCGAACCGUCACUCAAACCGCCCACUAGUGACCAACUGAUGAGGCCUCCUCAGUUGGUGGCCCCAGCAGGAUCCGGCGGUGGCCUCCAGUUGCCUGUCACAGCGCCUCAGAAGCUGAACUCCAGCUCCAAUGGAACCUCGUCCUCCUCCGCUUCUGGCUCGGCCACCGGCAAUCCCCGAAACAAGUGCGCCCUGAAGCCGGGCUACUCCCUGAUGAGCUGGGUACGGCUGUGCAAUUCAGGAGCGGAUUUAUCUGGAACCAGAGGACGUGUGGUGCCCGUUUCCCGGACUGAGUUGGCCCUCCAUAACAAGGUCGACGACGCCUGGAUGGCCAUUCGCGGUCGUGUGUUUAAUGUCACCCGCUACAUGGACUUUCAUCCGGGUGGAGUGGACGAACUGAUGCGAGGAGUUGGUCGUGAUGCCACCAAAUUAUUUGACGAAGUGCAUGCCUGGGUCAACUACCCGCAAUUGCUGGGGAAAUGCUAUGUGGGACCAUUGAAGGAGAGCGAGCCAAAGCCCUCCAAAGAAAGUCCUCAGAUUACCAAUGUGAUUUUGAAGCCUCCGGAGCUUGUUCCCCGCUUCGAUUGGAUUCAGCAGAGGAGUGAACUUACCUUGAUCUUCUACACCCGCAGCUCGGCCAAUCCAGGCUUGUUAAUCCGGAGGAAGGAUCCCCAACAGCUGGGUGUACGGGUUUUAGUCCAGCACAAUUGGCAUUCCUUCGACUUUCAGCUAACCGACAAGGUGCAAUGGCCUCCAAAGGUCGCGAAAAUCGGCGCGGAGACGGGGAAGAUUGAAGUAAUCUUGGAAAAGGAAGAGGCAGCACCCUGGCCAACAUAUGGCUCUCAUGUGUCCUAUAAGUUGGACUCGGCCAGCAUGCAAGAAGAAACAUUCGACUGCGAAGUAACUCACCGGAAGGAUUUCAAUCACGACUCCUUUGAGCUGAGCCUGCAAUGCGUUGCGAACGAGGUAUUGAUGCUUCUGCCAGUGGGUUACCACGUGGAUAUAAAAGUCCCACUGGAUGGUGAUGUGAUUCAGCGCAGCUACACACCUGUGGAUCAGUCCUACGUCCAUAUAGAUAAGAAUUCUGAAUGCCUCAACUUUUUAAUCAAAAGAUAUAGCAAUGGACCUGUCUCCAGUCACCUCCAUGAUCUAAAAGUGGGAUCUCGCAUCCAGCUUAGCCCGCCACGUGGAUCUUUCCAGCUCUCGGAGCUCACUGCACAUAGAAACAUUCUUCUUCUGGCCGCAGGAAGCGGUAUAACGCCAAUUUUAAGUAUAAUUCAGCCCAUUCUGAAGAGGAAUACAAAUCGAAUUGAAAGCCUGCAGUUGUUAUACUUUAACAAAACUUCAGAGGACAUUUGGUUGAAGGAGAAACUAGAGGAAAUACAUUCGAUGGACGAGAGAUUUAGCUGCACAAACCUCCUCUCUCAGGCGGAGGAUAACCCACAAAGGAUUUCAUUAGAGAUAUUAACUCCCUUGUUCCAGAAAAAGCAGCCGGAACGAUGUACUUAUGUGGCCAUUUGUGGACCAAGUGGUUUCAACACCGCUGCCGUCGAUAUUUUGACUCAGUUGGAUGUUAAGCCCAAUCAAAUUUACGUGUUCCGUGGCUAAAUGGAGAAAUUAAUUGCUUGGCCUCUUUAAUCUUCAUCACUUUUAUUUACUGUAUCCCAAAUGGUUUCGUAUUUUGUUAUUUUUUAUUGUUUUUACAUGUUUUCGUUUUAAUAAUUUAAUAAGUUUAACAAAUACUAGAAAAUUGUAGUUGGAUUUGUUUUCAUUUGCUUGUUGACAGGCUUUAUCGUCAAAAUCGCUAAUGCCUAUCUCGUUGUCACACACAUUUUUCGCUUAUGUAAAAUUGUAAAUAACCGACAACCGAACAGUAACCAAAUGGAGGGCAGCGUACAAAAAAUAAAUAGAAACAGCAGAGUUUGA